GUAAGUCUUUAGUCGACAUAAGCUAUCUGUCCAAUAUUGUUGCUCCCGUUACUCCCAACCUACAACACCGCAACGAACUGUCCAAACAGUUAAAAAAUGCUAUCAGGACGAGUGAGAUUGAUUAGCAUCUCGACAAUGAUUCGCGAACUUCAGAACGGAUGCAUAUUAUCGGGCGGGGGUCCAGCUGCAAGCUGUUCAAUCUGCAGCUGCCUUGGCACCAGUAUUAAUUCUUUUCCAUCCCGCCUCGCCUUUGCAUCCCAUGCGAUCCAGCACCGUUCUCUCGCUGAGCCCGCGUUUCCGGUCGGUGUAUUGAUAUCGGGCGAGAAAUCUUGGCGUGUGGAUGUGCGGAUAGAUUUGGCGAUCAUCACUCGUUAUGGAUCUCAAAGCUGGCGAUGCUCGAGCGAAUCUGGAGUUGAACUUGGGACGGAGAGCACAUCGACGAGAUGGGUUUGGUUUCAUCCGACGAGGUCUUCUGGCUGUCAUCCUCGUCGCGUCUGCGCUGGUCCUUGUGUCGCGUACACCUUCGUUAUUCCGUCCCGGGAUCCACGUCGACUUCCCUUCCGAGGUGAAGACAACGCAGUUCCAAUGGAACCAAGUAAGAUGUUUCGUUUGUUCUCUUCAAUUAUCCUCCAGGAGGACAACUCACCUCGUUAGAUCCUUCCGUCCAAGGACCUGCGGUACCAUGAUUGCUUUGAUGGCUUCCAAUGUGCCCGUUUGGAGGUGCCUAUGGACCACCGACGGACUGAUGGCAAAGGCCGCACCGUUGCCAUUGCAAUCGCUAGGCUACCUGCGAAAGUUCCAGUUACUGAUCCUCGAUAUGGGGGGGCGAUAUUGAUCAAUCCAGGCGGCCCUGGCGGUUCUGGCAUUGCCCAGAUUCUUCACUCGGGCACAGGUCUACAGACAAUUGCUGACUCGGAGCUCGAUCCAAGCUUGGAUUCCGAUGAAAAUCUAUCCAGCUCGGCUAAGUAUUUCGACAUUAUCGGUUUUGAUCCUCGGGGCGUCGGGAAUACCACCCCCGGGUUCAGUUGUUUCCCCAACGCAUUCUCCAGCCGUAACUGGCAGCUCCAAGUGGAAGCAGAUGGGAUGCUUGGGUCAUCUUCUGAUUCGCUGAUGCGGAAUUGGCAGCGCAAUAAAGCCCUCGCUCCAAGCUGCUCGGAGAUGCUGACUACGACUGCCGAUGGGGAUGAAGCACUAGGGGAACAUGUGAACACGACUCCCGUGGUGGAGGAUAUGGUUGCCAUCAUCGAGCGGCAUGGGGAAUGGAGAGAAAAGCAGGGGAUCGCCCUGCAAAGGGUUCACGACUCCCAAUACGGAUACGAUCGAGAACAAACCCUUGCUCGAAGGACGCGGUGGAAGAAAGGAAGCGAAAAACUUCUCUUCUGGGGUCGUUCCUACGGCACUAUCCUCGGAGCCACCUUUGCAGCUAUGCAUCCAGGUCGGAUUGAACGCACAGUGCUCGAUGCCGUUGUCAAUAUAGAGCACUACUAUCAUCCCACGAGUAGUGCCACCACCAGCGUUGUCGACGCUGAUGCUAUAUUCGACCGCUUCGGCAUAUACUGCGACGCUGCCGGCCCAGACGUCUGCCCCAUGUACACCGCCGGUGGACCAACGGCGAUCACCACCGCCGUCGUCGAACUCCUGUCGGAAAUCAAGAACUGGUCCGUUCCCGUAACAGCCUCUUUGAAGAGAGGACCCGAAGUCGUGACCUGGACGGACGUUAUGCAAAUCGUCCGCGUAUCCUUAUAUCAACCCCUGCACACCUUUCCUCUGCUCGCGCAGAUUCUGGGAGAGUUGCGACAAGGCAAUGGAUCCACCAUGGCCGACUUGAAGCAGAAUAAGAGAGUACCCUCCUGCCUGUCUGAAGAGUGUCAGCGUGCAGGUUCCUACACUCCCGAAUGCACUGUUCCGGGUGACGAGUCAACAGCUGCCAUCCUAUGCACUGAUGCUGCGGGCUUGCAGGAUCCUAGCUUCGACGUGUUCCAGCAGUCCUGGCAACGCUUAAAGAAUGAUAGUGCCAUGCUGGGUGAUUACUGGGGCCAGGUUCUUCUUGAAUGUGCUGGAUGGAAGGCGAAGGCGAAAUGGAGAUUUGCAGGUUGGUUGUCUUUUCACACUCGAUAUAAGUGUCAUGGUGUACUGAUUGUUAUAUCUACAGGACCAUUCUCCAGCAAUCCAGCUCACCCAUUGCUCUUUGUCAGUAACUCACUCGACCCUGUAACACCUCUUAAUGGGUAAGUACAUUCUAUAUAUAUAUACAUACCCCUAUGACACUGCGAAAUAAUUAACAAUUCCAUCUUCACGACCAGUGCACACAAGACUUCCUCCUUU